GUCUGCGAUCAAGCGUUUUGAGACUCCUAGUGCACGCAGUCACCGGACUAACAAUCUCCGAGUCUAUAGUUCGAGUAUAUUAUAAUCUUCACAGUUCCCGCGCAAUGACGCUGCGAUCAGUGGCGCGUCCUUGCUAUGCCGAUUGACGCUUUCGGCGCAUCUUCUGACGCAUCGAAAUGCUGUGGUCGACACCAUUUAAACAGAGAUGCUGAGACUUGUCGUCCCUUGCGUGCCCGGAUAGAGGCCUUCAAGCAACUUCAGUACAAGCAAGCAGUACGGCGGUGGCAGCUGCGGCCCGGCCUGUGCCGCCGUGUCCUCCCUGGCGGCAUGGCGAAAGAGGAAGAUGAACCCAGGCGCGUGCCACGAGCCGAGCGCACGGGCUGAGGAGAGGGAAACAAAGACGAGACGACGACGACGUCGAUCAGUCCGCUCCGCCGCUCGAUGCUGCGCAUGGCGUCUUUCAACGAGCGGCUCGUCCACGAGGUCAAGAAGCACAAGCAGCUGUGGGACCAGCACUCCAAGCUUCACAAGGAGGCCGGCUUCCGAGAGGCCGCCUGGAUGGACAUCGCCACAGCCCUGGCAGUCAGCGUGGAGGAAUGCCAGACCCGCUGGCGCACCAUCCGGGACACAUACCUGAAGCGUAAGAAGCGGCGCCGCACCGACGCCAAGGGCCAGUGGAACGUGCUUGACAGGGAACUCUCCUUCCUCGACGAGUUCCUCCGCCCGCGCACGAGGCGCUGUUCCCUGCGUGCUCUCUCGAUGCCUGCCGUCAAGAGCGAGCUUCCCGACGGCGAACCCCACGAGGCCUCGGGGCCCGAGGAAGCCGCCGACAAUUGGGCGCCGCACCAGAAUACGCACCAGCAGCCGAUGGGCAUCCUCCCGCACCACCCAGAGGGCGGUGGGGCCGCUCUGCAGGAGCGCUCCGGGGACCCCGACGAGCUGUUCUGCCUGAGCCUGAUAGCGCAGCUCAAACGGCUCCUGCCGAGGGAUCGCAACUUGGCCAAGAUGAGGAUGCUCCGGGUUCUGCACAACCUCGAGUUUGGCCAGGUGGAGGGCGACGCGGACAUUGGCCCGUGAGAGAACCAACGGCGAACUGUUUUCAACCACGCAUACCUGUGCUCGUGUUUCUUUCAAGCCCCCUUCUGCCCUUUCUUUCUUGUUCUGCAGUAAAGGCAUGGAGUGUAUGUGUUGAAAGCGAACGUCGUUGAAUGCU